AUGUUGCGUAGCUUUUGGAAAUCUCCGAAUAUUUUAUCUAACCUAAAACAGAAGGAAGUUAGAUUUCCCGAAAAAUUAAAAGGAACUUUAUUGGAGAAAUGGGCAGAUUACUGGAAAAAUCUUUUUAUCGACUAUCGCCAAAUGUUACAAGAUUUAAGAAGCGACAUCCAAGAAGAACCAAAAAAAGCUUUUGUAUGGGCUACUGGUCUCGCAACCAUAUAUGCCCUUACGCGGAAUAAUCCUAAUGAAUUAGAUUUUAGAGACAAUUUAAAACAUAUCAACAAUGAAGUUAUUUUAGUGAGUGAAGAAUGUGUAAAUCCUAAAUCUAUUGAGCAUCUACGUUUUAUAGAGAGGUGCUACAAUGAAGGUGUUAUACAUUAUAAGAACCUUGGAAUUGCGUCAGUGAUUUAUGUAUCUGAAAUUAACGACGCUUGCAACCUAUAUAGGUCACAGUGUUCAUAUCUACAGCCUUCUUUUUUUAGUUUUCUCUCAAGAAUAAUUGACAUAGGCUUUUUAGGCAAAUGGUGGAAUAUUUACAUUAAGACCACAAAUUACGAUGUUAAUUUAUAA